AUGUUAAAGGCUCUCGGAUUGUCCAAAUCGACGGAGCCAGUGGCCACGGCAGAGGAAAAAACAGCGCAAAUCCUCAAUGAGGUCCAAGACUUUGAGCUCACGCUCCGCGCGAUGGAUUAUGUGCUUGAUGACCGUGCAGAAGAGGGCAUUAACCUUAUCAAAGCCAAACAAGACGAACACACCAUUUUCAAGCUUGGCCUCGGCGUUGUGGAGUUCCUCGAGGCCACUUUGGGGUUUGAGCCGGAAACGAUGCGCAAAGCCUUCGUCACGUUGCAGCUGGCUGAGACGAUGUCGCUGCGCGAUCGCGCCAAGUUUCAGAAGAACAAGCUCAAAACGUCGUCUGUGUAUCCGCCGGGCACCGAGUACGCCGUUAUGUACGCCGAGUCCAACCUUCUCUCGGCCUUGAUCAUGUUGCUAUCUGAAAGUGUCAUCGAGUCAGCCAAAGCCUUGUACAAGUUGCGCAAGGCGUAUCACACGCUCGACGAGAUCAACCGAACGAUGCUCGAAUAUCUGACGCCGUUGCUGAAGCUCCAGAACCCCAGCACCGCGUCAUUUGGGUCGACAACCUCCACCACCUCCUUCGCUGACAUCCCGUUCCCUUUGUCCGAUAAGCAGAUGAGCGACACGAAGUUGAUCGCGCGUGUGGAUAAGGUUUUUCAGAUGCGCCGCAGUCGCAUCCGAGGCGCGCACAUCGGCAAUUCGCCAUUGGUGGAUCGAUUGAGAAGUACCUUGGGGGUGAUUACAAAGGGAACUGCUAUCGGCUCCGGCUCGGCAUCUCCAGAAAAUGCCGUUUCGGAUACCAUUGCCUCACAAAACGCUACGUCAGAAAAUGCCACCUCGGAAGAUUCUGCCUCCUCGGAAACCUCUGCUUCUGCGGAGGUAUCACUGGAAUUCGAUAUCGAUAAUGAUAAGGCCACAAUUGAUGAGUUCAUCCACUCGGGGGUCAACUUGUGCUUCGGAAUCCUCCAGGUGGUGCUCCUGUUAAUUCCACCGGCCAUCGGGAAGGUGCUCCUGGUGGUUGGCUUCAAGGGCUCGCGCGAACAGGGCCUCAAGAUGCUCUGGGAAGCCGCUAACGAACGUAACAUCCACGGGGGAAUCGCUCUUUUGGCCUUGCUUGUUUUCUACGACGGUCCAUUCCAGUUCACCGACCUGGACUUUGACGUUCCAGAUAGCUUGCCUGGCAUGGAGGGGCUUGCUAAUGACGACUUAGCUCCGGCAAAGUCUGUGGCAACCACCCUAGAUGAUGAAAUGACUCUUGUUUCGGUUCUAGGUGUUGGUGGCGGCGUCUUGGGUAAGACUGAAGACGAUGCAGAGGCCGACGACUUCUAUUCUGUCAAAUCCAACGAAGCAAUACCGGCGCCGGGUCCCCACGUCCUGGAGACGUACACACACACGCCGCUGACGCUUCUCAGACCGGGCAUCAAGCUCGAGACGGCCCUUCUCAGGGCGCGUGCGCUCUUCCCGAACUCCGCUCUCUGGCUCUUGCAGGAAGGACGGAUGCUUGCGUCACAGGGCAAGCUAGCGGAGGCGGUGGCAAUCAUGAGCAACCCUGCAGAAAUCGCGCACAUCCAGAUGAAGCAGGUCGAGGCGUUGCUCAUCUAUGACCGUGCGAUGAUCUUGUUGUUUCUCCACGAGUACGAGCGUGCGGCGGCUGACUUCUUGUUGCUAGUGGAAAAGAAUGCAUGGUCGCAUGGUCUCUACACAUAUUUUGCCGGCUGCUGCUAUCUCGAGAUCUACCGGAUGUUGAAGCUCGGCAUCUACACGUUGAAGAGCGCGGAGGAUUUGGCAUUGAGCAAGGUCGAGGCCAUGGUCAAGUACAGGAAGUUGGCGGAAACAACCAUCUUGGAGGCUCCUUUGUUGGUUGGGAAGAAAAAGUUUUUGGCCAAAACCAUGCCGUUUGACAAGUUCUUGCUCCGCAAAAUCGACUCGUUUGAGAAAACCCAGAAGGCAUACAAACUUGCCAGUAUUGUUGAUGCGGUGGGUGUUUCGCCGAUUCAUGAACUCAAGUACUUCUGGAACGGGUAUAACCGCAUGCCACGCGUGGAGUUGGAGAUUUCGCUCAGGAUGUUGGGCUACUCUGGGGCUGUGGGCACCGCUUUUUCUCUCAACGACUCCCAGGCGAUGUAUCCGCUCUCCUUCCCCGAGUCUAAGGAUGAUGCCAUGAUCCGCUACACGUUGCAGGCCAUUGCGCUUCGUCGCUUAGGCUACAUCCAGAAGGGCCAGCGGCUCGUGGAUACCAAGGUCAUUCCCCAGAUCAUGACGUCACCUGCGCUGGCACCCGCCGCGCAAUUCCAUUUUCAUAAAUUGACCCACGACCCGUGGUUGUACCCAGCCGUCUUCUAUGAGCGCGCCUUGUUCACGUGGAAGCUGCAGGGCGAGUGCGGCUUGAAGGAAGCCAAGGAGUGGUUAAAGCGCGCCGAGGUUGUGGGUGAGGGCGAUUACGAGUUGAGUACCCGAACCUCCAUGAAGAUCAAGGCAGCGGUAGACCGUUUAAACAGUUAG